AGUAUCGCUAUGUAACAAGCGUGGCAAGUACCGGAUCUCCAAACCAGAAUCAUUACAAACGUAUUGAUCGUGAUCAGUAUUCCAAUGAAUUCAAGUUUUGCGUCAAGUUUAGGGCUUUACUCAUCUUUUUUUUUUCUAGCAGAACUAACGAUAUCAAUGACGGUAUCGGGCGGAAAUAUUAGGCCUUUGAGGGAUUCAAUGCUAGCCACCUAGUAUGCAAGGGAUGUAAGUAUCUCGAUGUGUCGAAGGUGUCGAAGGUGUCGUAUACUUCGUCUCUCACCGAACAAGGUAUGGUAUUUGUGUGGGGCGCCACCGUAGAUAUUUAGAAGGCGGCCUCCACAUCUGUGAAGGAUUCCCGUUGAUAUCUUUCAGAGUAAUUGGCAACUGAAAAUAAGAGGCAUCGCUUCCGGCAACAAUCAUCUGGAAGGGACAUCUACCGGACAUCUUCCAAAUAGGACAACGCAUCUACGCAUCUACGAAUCAUGAUCUAUCAACCACUGGAUGUCUCUAGAUUUGAGGCACGACUUUUACGACUCCUGAAUAUCCCAUCCAACCCUCUCGAGCCUCCGAGUUUCGAGACAAUAACGUGCUCACUUAUCCGCCCUCCGGAAUAUUUCGCUUUAUCCUACUGCUGGGGUGAUGACGCACAAAAAUCGACUCUCGAAGUUAAUGGGGAACCGAUUCAUGUCACGAAGAACUUAGCUGCCGCUCUGCGCUACUCGGGCUUUCAUCCAGGUGCCUUGAUCUGGGCAGAUGCAGUUUGUAUCAAUCAACAUGAUGUUAACGAAAAGGCGCAUCAAAUUCGGCUCAUGGGCCUUAUCUACUCGAAAGCACAAGCAACUGCAGUAUGGUUGGGGGACGAGGAAAGAGACACUCGAUAUGCUCGAACAUUCCUUGGAGAGAUCGACUUAGACGACGAAGACCAGCUGAACUCUAUAUCAGGCGAUAAGUUCAUAACGGCUCUUAAAAACACGCGCCAUCCCGUUAGAUCACUACGAGGGCUUCGCGAACUGUUGACAAGACCUUAUUGGGAACGUGUAUGGAUCAUACAGGAGAUCGCGAAGGCGGGGACAGUGCAUGUGAGGUGUGGUUCUCUUUGCUUCGACUUAAGUUCAGUCAUAGCAAGUACCGAACAUGUGGACAACUUACCCGAACGCAGCCGCAUCCUGAUUUCCACCAUUCAAGAGUUUCGAUUGCAAGAGUCGGAGGCACGACGUGGUGGCCUACGUAUGACCCUGCUACAGGCUCUGAUCAGAAGCCGAUAUUCCCUUGCAACCAACCCACGUGAUAAGGUCUACGCUCUAUUAAACCUUGCCAGAGACGGGAACGAUCUUGUGCCAACGCCAACGUAUAGUGAACCUAUCGAGGAAGUAUUCAGGGAACUAUCGAUGACUUUCCUCCAAUCGCCACAUCCAAUGGAGGCCACACUAUUGUCAUCGCGGGCUCCAUUGAAAGUUAGAUCUGAGGCUCAGCCUCCGUGGGCCGUUGAUUGGUCUGAUCUUGCCUUUAACAUGCCACAUUGGUUAACAUCGAAUUUAUCAGCAAGAUUUAAUGGACCUUUAAAAGAGAGAGGAUUUGGAGCGCCUACUUUUUCAGUAGGGUCGGUCAAGCUGCGUGGUCAAGGGCAAUCACUUGGAUCCGUCGACAGCCUUGGCGACACGUGGGUUAAACCAACCGCGCGACUCCCGCACGAGGAACGCCGGAACUCUAUUGCCACCAUGAAUUGGGUUUCUUCCAAUCUAUAUCGUCUAUUUAUCUCAGAAAAUUCCGACUCGCAAGCAGCUUCUUGCACAGAAUUAACUAUGGCUCUUGCUUAUAUCAUCGUUCACGCCGACGAGUCGAACACGGGUUCUGGGAUAAAAUCGCACAUUAAAGAAUUUUUGAGACAUCUUGGAAGCCUUAUUAUCAAUUCUUUUCCUAUAAGAACUUGGGCAAAGGGUUAUCUUGACUAUGAAGAGAGCCUUGGACCUAAGGAAGUUCCACGCCCGAAUAAGGAUAUGAUAUAUGCGGAGCCUAAAUCACGUUCUACGAAUAUAAGUCGCUUUAGAUGCUUUGAAGGUCCAACUAGCCCUCCACGAGAGGGACUCGCAGACUCUAAUCAGUUAUUAAUAUCUGCUUUUAAGGUCUGGGAUGACGCUUUUACCACGGUAAACCUGAGACCUGAAUACGGGCUUCAGUUUGCCAUCAGCGGUGGUAAUAUUGUCUUAGUCCCCCGCGCCACGCGAGUAGGAGAUAUGAUAUUUCGACUUGAUUCGUGUUACUUUCCCAUGGUGUUACGAAAGGUUGUCGAAAAGACCCAGACUACUUACAAGAUCAUAGGCGAAGCUUGCAUAGGCAUUGGCCCAGACAGACAAUGGAUUGCCGCUCGCGAUUGCCCAUGGUCAAUAAAACAUCAUAUGAAAAGUAUAGACUUAGUAGGAUAAGAGGUAAUAGAUUAUGUAUCAUUUACGCGGAUAUGAUUAUACCGCCAUUUUCUCUCAGGGAAAAAAUCUGUAUAUAUAUUUUCCCUCCCAUUUAUCCACGACUUCUUAUCUCCGCGCGAAGC